GGAAAAAUAUAAAUAACUCAAAAUUCCCUUACGCCCCUCCCAAUUAGGUCUCAGACUCUCUCUAUUCUUCUCUUCUCUCCUCGCUCUAUAAAACCUUCCACAAACCCCAAAAGUCCCCCAUCCUCCUCUUUGCUUUGCUCUUCGCCACCAGAAGAGUCUCUGCGAUUCAGUUCAGAUUUAGAAUUUUGCAAGGAUGAGUGUGGUGGGAUUUGAUUUUGGCAAUGAGAGUGGCAUUGUGGCCGUAGCUAGGCAAAGGGGUAUUGAUGUUGUGCUCAAUGAUGAGUCCAAGCGUGAAACUCCUGCUGUUGUUUGUUUUGGGGAUAAGCAGCGGUUCAUUGGGACUGCGGGUGCCGCAUCGUCUAUGAUGAACCCGAAGAACACGAUUUCGCAGAUCAAACGUUUGAUUGGGAAGAAGUUCUCCGAUCCUGUGUUGCAGAGGGAUAUCAAGUCGCUGCCUUUUGCUGUACUUGAAGGUCCGGAUGGAUAUCCCUUGAUCCAUGCCCGUUAUUUGGGAGAAGCAAAGACAUUUACACCUACCCAAGUUUUGGGAAUGGUUUUCUCUGAUCUGAAGAUCAUAGCUCAGAAGAAUCUUAAUGCAGCAGUUGUAGAUUGCUGUAUUGGAAUUCCGGUUUAUUUCACUGAUCUCCAAAGAAGAGCUGUUGAAGAUGCAGCCAAAAUUGCUGGCUUGAACCCUCUUAGGUUGUUUCAUGAAACUACAGCUACCGCUUUGGCUUAUGGGAUCUACAAGACAGAUUUACCAGAGAGUGACCAGUUGAAUGUUGCCUUUGUUGACAUUGGGCAUGCAAGCAUGCAAGUUUGCAUUGCUGGCUUCAAGAAGGGGCAGCUAAGAGUUCUAGCUCAUUCAUUUGACCAGUCUUUGGGUGGUAGGGAUUUUGAUGAAGCACUGUUCACCCACUUUGCAGUGAAAUUUAAGGAAGAGUACAAGAUAGAUGUUUACCAGAAUGCAAGGGCCUGCCUUCGGCUUCGAGCUGCUUGUGAGAAGCUGAAGAAGGUGCUUAGUGCAAACCCUGAGGCACCUUUGAAUAUUGAGUGCUUAAUGGAUGAGAAAGAUGUUAGAGGAUUUAUCAAGCGGGAUGAAUUUGAACAAAUUAGUGCUCCUAUCUUGGAACGCGUAAAGGGACCUUUGGAGAAGGCCCUUCUUGAUGCAAAUCUUUCAAUAGAGAACAUUCAUACUGUUGAGGUUGUUGGUUCAGGCUCUCGCGUACCUGCUAUAAUCAGGAUAUUGACAGAGUUUUUCAAAAAGGAGCCUAGGAGAACUAUGAAUGCUAGUGAGUGUGUUGCCAGGGGUUGUGCUUUGCAGUGUGCAAUUCUUAGUCCUACGUUCAAAGUCCGAGAAUUUCAGGUGAAUGAGAGCUUCCCAUUCUCGAUUGCUUUAUCCUGGAAAGGUUCUGGUCCUGAUGCCCAGAAUGGCGGACCAGAUCAGACUACUCUCGUCUUUCCCAAGGGAAAUCCCAUUCCGAGUACCAAGGCUCUUACAUUUUACAGAUCUGGCACAUUUUCAGUUGAUGUGCAGUAUACCGAUGUUGGUGAUUUGCAGGCACCUGCAAAGAUUAGUACAUAUACGAUUGGUCCUUUCCAAUCUACUAAAGGUGAGAGGUCCAAGGUGAAGGUCAGAGCCCGUUUGAAUUAUCAUGGGAUUGUGUCUGUAGAUUCAGCAACUCUUUUGGAAGAGGAAGAAGUUGAGGUUCCUGUCACAAAAGAGCAACCAAAGGAGGCAACAAAGAUGGAGACUGAUGAGGCACCGAGUGAUGUGCCUCCUCCAAGUUCUGAGGCGGCUGAUGUCAACAUGCAAGAUGCCAACAGCAAUGAUGCUGCAAGUGCUGAAAAUGGUGUUCCUGAGUCUGGCGAUAAGCCUGUCCAGAUGGAAACAGAUGCUAAGGCUGAUGCUCCAAAAAGAAAGGUAAAGAAGACAAACAUUCCUGUGGUAGAGUUGGUCUAUGGAGGAAUGGCUGCAGCAGAUGUGCAGAAAGCAAUAGAAAGCGAGUAUGAGAUGGCUUUACAGGAUCGUGUUAUGGAAGAAACUAAAGACAAGAAAAAUGCUGUCGAGGCAUAUGUCUAUGACAUGAGAAACAAGUUGAGUGACAAGUUGCAGGAAUUUGUUACCGACUCAGAAAGGGAAGCGUUUAUCACCAAACUCCAGGAGACAGAAGACUGGCUGUAUGAAGAUGGUGAGGACGAAACCAAAGGUGUUUACGUCGCCAAGCUUGAGGAGCUUAAGAAGCAAGGUGAUGCUAUUGAAGAGCGAUGCAAGGAGCAUACAGAGAGGGGAUCUGUCAUCGACCAACUUGCAUACUGUGUUAAUAGUUACAGAGAAGCUGCAGCGUCUAGUGAUCCAAAGUUCGACCACAUUGAUUUUGCAGAAAAGGAAAAGGUCUUAAAAGAGUGUGUUGAAGCUGAGGCCUGGUUAAGAGAGAAGAAGCAGCAACAGGAUUCACUCCCUAAACAUGCUAACCCAGUACUCUUGUCAGCUGAUGUGAAAAGGAAGACUGAAGCUCUUGACAGGUUCUGUAGACCAGUAAUGACAAAACCAAAACCAGCACCAGCCAAGCCAGCUACUCCUGAACCACAACCAAGCCCUUCUCCUCAGGAAAGUGAUCAACAACCCCAGAGUGGUGAAGGCCAGGCCAAUUUUAACUCCGAUGAGAAUCCUGCUGAUGGCAGCAAUGAGGGUCCAGCUGAACCAAUGGAAACAGACAAGGCAGAAGCUCCCCAAGCCUGAUUUGUCUGUCUAUGAUUUUUGUGGCCUGGUUUGAUUCCUGACCAUCAAAACAUUUCAAUUUGAGCCUUUGCACACAAUUCGGACCGAACGGGGAGAAGCCUGUAGUUUGUGUUUGAUGAUAUACUUCCAAGAGUCUGUAAAGCCUUUAAUGUGCUUCACCAUUUAUCUUUAGUGUCUGUCUCUAGAAUCCGGAUUUUUCUUAGGUUUCCAAGAGAAUUGUACCCUUGGUCUUAUUUUUUUCUCCUAUGCUGGGAGCAUUCCUUCCAGCUCUCUGGUCAUGUAGUUUUACUGUCAUAUCGUGGAACUCAUCAAUCUGAGGAUUUUAUCAAUUUUGGUUUUGCUAGUU